UUCUAGGCUGGCACCAAUAUCUUUGAGAUGGUCCUGACUGUAACUAACAGCUGUCCUCUGUGUCCAGGUGGACAGACUCCCUGUGGUCCACCAGGUGUUUACAUGCAGACUGAUGACAUCCUGUAUUUCAGCUUCCACAGCACCGCUCCAGACAAUGUCGACCCUGUCUUCAACAACCUGGUCAAACUGAACCUCAUGUCCUGGGACCAGUUCCCUGUGUAUCUAAGAGGGAACUGCAACAGUCAGGCAGACGGUGAGGGAAUCCUUGGUGAUGUGGCCAGCGAAUGCUUCAGUGGAGAAAUCACCUGGGUCUCUGUGACCUUUGGCCUGGACUGGGUGAUCCAGAUGGACAUCAUUGACACUGGAACCUCCCUUAUUGUUGGCUCCACCAGUGACUUCAGCGGCAUGAAUGCAUGGUUUGGAGCUUCAACCAACCAGGACGGAGCAACUACAGUGACCUGCCAAAACAUGCAGAGCACGCCUGAUGCUGCCUUUACUGUCAGUGGAAACCCAGUUACUAUCGCCGCCUUUGCCUACGUCUCUCAGCUCAGUUGGACUCGACCUUACAACUACUGCAAAAGUCAGUUGUCUAAACACCAAUAAGGAAAAAAGAUAUGAAGAUAUUUUUUUCUU